AGAAACAGCGAGAGCUGGCUCGGAAGGGGUCCCUGAAAAAUGGCACCAUGGGGAGCCCGGUUAACCAGCAACCCAAGAAGACCAACGUCAUGGCUCGAACAAGGCUGGUUGUUCCUAAUAAAGGCUACUCCUCGUUAGAUCAAAGUCCCGAUGAAAAGCCAUUGGUGGCUCUGGACACGGACAGUGAUGACGACUUUGACAUGUCCAGAUAUUCCUCCUCGGGAUAUUCUUCAGCUGAGAUCAACCAGGACUUGAAUAUCCAGCUUCUCAAGGACGGAUACCGGUUGGACGAGAUCCCGGACGACGAGGACCUUGACCUGAUUCCGCCCAAGUCCGUCAACCCCACUUGCAUGUGCUGUCAAGCCACCUCUUCCACUGCCUGUCACAUCCAGUAACGG